AUGGCCUUGAUGCUAGUGGUGGAGCAGGCGGUCCAGAUGGCCGAUGAUGGCCUUAUCGCCCACCCAGCAGAUACGCUGGAUGAUAUGCGUGAGCGGUUCCUACUGUAUGGAGUCCGGGCCCCCUUUGGCUGGAUCAGCCGUCUACGUACGUACGGCAAAAAGAUCCAGAACAAUACGAGUAGCUUGGGCUAUAUCUACUGGAGUGAUGACGAGCAAACCUUGAGCUAUAAGGGGCUACGCCUAACCAUGACGGACUUUCAGCGCUUUGCCCGGACUCGGGUGACUUUGGCUCAAUCUGAUCUAGAGCAACUUUUCUUACUUCAUGAAGAUGAGGAGCGAGAGACUGUGGUUCCGCUACUAUCUCUACAUCAGCUACAAGAUAAUCUCACACACAACCAGCGAGGAUGGAAUUUCCUUCACGAUCGACGCAACCGUGAUAUACUUACCGUCAACGGGGAGCGGUGGCUCAUGGACCGGCUCCUGCAAAGUGACUCGUUACGCGGGGAGUUUCUUGAAAUUCGGAAGCAUGAUAUACAGGUUGUCUGGCGUCUAUCCGCGGUGGAUAACUAUCUGCAGCAGGUAGACCGAUUUCUUCAUUGGCUUCUACUUCUGGUCCAUAUUACUGGGGGCCAGCCUAUCCCAUGGGGGGGGGGGGGGUAA